AUGUCAGAACUAUCAGAGAGUGGUAGUUAUAAUAGUUAUAACUCGUUGAGUGCUGGUAGUCCAUUACCAUUACAAGAGAUAUUUAAUGGAGCAGAAACUAAAUGUCAAAGUCAUUAUUUACAAUCACGAAUUAAUACAAACUAUGAACAAGUUAAACAACAAUUAAAAGAAUCUGCAGAAAAGAAAAACUCUUCAAAAAUCUAUUCAUCACUUCAACAUUUAACUUACUAUAAAGUCGAAAAGGAUUUAUUAGAAACUAUCCUUAGAAUCAUUGAUAUCACUGAUGAUAAGAAAACGUUACGUUUAGCAUAUUAUUUUUUAGGUGAAAUUUCACAAUUUAAACAUUUAAUUAAUAAUUCUACUGAAAUUAAAAAUAUAACAACAAUUUUUAAUAAAGAGAUGCAACAUAAAGAUAUUUCAAGAAAAGUUGUAUCAUUAAAAACUACAGCAUCUGUUGCACCAAAUGAUGUUUUAAUUGAUGCAAAUAUUUUAGAUGUAAUUUCAGGUAUUUUAAGAAAAGUUGGUGAAGAUCCAGAUAAAACACAAAAAAAGAAAGGAUUUUUUACAAGAGCAACAACAGAUUUAGGUAGAGAGAGGUCAUUAUUACAAUAUUCAUGUUUUGUAGCAUGUAGAAAUAGAUAUAAGAAUAAUCCAUCAUUGUUUAUGCCAAUUGUAGAGGGUAUUAAAUGUGUGGAUCCAGUAGGUGCAAGACAUGCAGUUUCAUUGACUCUAAAUUAUGCAUUGGAGAAUCCAUCGACUGUGGCAGCAACUACAAAAAGAUUCAUACCAUUGUUAAAGGCAAAUAAAGGUAAAGAGGCAGUUUACUUGGUGGACCCAUUCGCAAGAAGAAAUUUCAUAAAGCUUUGUGGUCAUUUAGCAGCGACUCCAUCACCCAUUGGUAAUGUGAUCACCAUGGAGAAUAAGGAUUUCUUUCAAUCGUUGUGUCAAUCUGUAAUGGAUGCUCAUCUAUCGGUUGCAUUCUAUGCAAUCAAUGUGUUGUCGAGAUUCUCUUGGCCAACAUUAGAAUCUGCCCAUAUCGACGCCAUCCAAUUCGAUUCAGAGUUGCCCCAUUUCGAAUCGUUGGCAUUCCAAACCUCACUAAUCGUGGGCAUUUGCAAUAAGAUGAGAAUUGGUUUCAACACCUAUUCCAUUGGUGCCUAUUCCAACUACUCGAUGCAACAUGGUCACCAUCAUCUCCAUCAUUAUCAUCAAGGUGGAAGCGGCACUGUCGGUGGAUCCGUUCCAUCCUCAUCGUCGUCCUCCUCAUCUUCCUCAAACAUAACCACAUCAGCCUUAUCAUCAGGCUCAUCUAGUAACUCAUCAUUGUCAAGUCAACAAUUACUAUUGGUACAACAACAACAACAACAAUUACUACAUCAACAAUCAAAUCCAUUCCUUCAUUUAGCUUGUAAAUUAAUUUCGGUUCUAUCACAAUCCUAUGUAAAAUAUUCUUAUCCAAAGGAUUCAACAACUCAACAACCAAUCAUUGGCGAUUGGUCAUUCGAUGAAAAACAAUAUCAACAUCAAUCAGUUUAUCCAUAUCAUCAUAAUUUAUCACCAUUUACUGGUUUACCAAAUCCAAUUUCAAAUAAUAAUAAUAGUAGCAAUAAUACAAAAGAUCAAUCAACAACAACAACAACAUCAACAACAUCAUCAUCAUCAAAUUCUAUACAUCCAUUUUCAAGUUUAACACAAUUAAUUUUAAAUUUAUUAAAUAUAUCACCAAGUAUUUCAAUUAGAAUUCAAGCAUUAAAAGCAUUAGUUUGGUUAUGUCCUUCAAAUUUAGAUCAAUCAAAAUUAUAUUUAGAAACUUUUAGAAGUCAAUUACGUGAUCCAUAUCAUCCAACUCAUUUAUUUAAAGAAUUAUUUUUAGAACUCUAUAAGAGAAUCAUUGCAACACCAAUACUUUCACCAAUGAUAUUAGAGUUGGUUUAUGAUUGGAUAGAUAUAAUUCCAUCGAAAUGUGAUACUAGUUUAGUUUGUGAAAUUUGGAAAACCAUAGUUGAAUUUGGUAAAGUAUUUGCCAAUGAAAAACUAUUGGCUAGUAUCUUUAAGAUAUUGGAUCGUAUAGUUCAUCCAGAUUUCCGUGUGCUUGCUAUGGAGAUUCAAAAAGAUAUCAUUAAAUUCCUUGGUGAAUACUCCAAUCAAAUCACUUUUGAACAACCAUCAAGAUUCGAACAAUGUAAAUCACGUUCUGGUUCAAAUCAACAACAACAUCUUUCAAAUAUGUCUUUGAAUUCAAUCAUUCAAAGAUUACAACAAUAUUCAAUCUUUUCACCAUGGCAAAUUAGAUUAGAAUCAAUUGAUUCCUUGGCAAAGAUAGCUUUUCAAUCCUCAACCGUCGUUAAAGUUCAUAUCUAUAACUUUUUAACUUUACUUCCAAAUGAAUCUCAUGGUUGGACAACCGUUAAAUCAAAUACUUCAAUCAUUGUAAAUACUUUGGAUCAAUUGUUAACUUGUCGUGCUAAAUGGUUACCUCUAUUCAAAUCAUCCGAUCUAUCUCAAAAUCAAAUUAAAGAUCUUAAAAAUGAUCAUACAAAUCUUUGUCUACAAAUUGGUUUAUUCUUUGAUCAAUUAUCUUUUGAUUAUUUACCAUUAGGUAUUGAAUCUAAAAAAUAUCUUGGUUCAAAAUAA